AAAAAUGAGGGUAACAAAAGGCAUUUAUAAUGUCUCGGCACACCUGAAUGUUAAAACCUCUUGGCCUUUAGAAACACAUGGGCCAUUGCAGUCUUCAGCCAGGCAGCUCUGUUGGGGGGAGGUAAAAAACUCAGAUCCAAGCUGCUUGGCUAACCAGAAAUGGAAGCAGCAGAAGAAUUUGAGGCCCCCUGUAGGGGUCUCUGUGGCCCUCCCCACCAGGGCUGGACAAAUGUUUUCUAUAAAAGGCCAGAUAGUAUUUUAGGUUUUGUAGGCCAUACAGUGUCAACUACUCUGUUCUGCGGUUGCAGCUGUGUGCAAUACACAAACAAGUGUGGCUGUUUCAGUACAACUUUUUAUUUAUGAGCAUUGAAACAAUAUAGUUUUCAUGUGUGAUGAGAACGGCCUUUAAAUUUUUUUGUAUCAUUAAAAAAUGUAAACAUUGUUAGCUGGGGACGAGGAGGGAGUGAAAAAACCAGACAGCUGACUUAAUCUGGCGCACCACCAAGUUUGUCCAUCUAGGUCUAGACAGAUCUCAGGUAAUAGCAGAUGGGCCAGGAGUGGCCUGUAGGGUUUUGUUCAGUGGAAGCCUCUCUUCCUGCAGCCUCAAGUGUCUGAAUUUUCAAACACUUUUCACAUUUUAAUUUCAGCUGAGGGAAAUUCAAGGGAAAAUUCAUUUUACACAAAGAUAGGAAAGAACAAUUUAUAGCCACUUGUUACUGGUUUAUUACUAAUGAUUCCAUAACUUAGUAACAACUUUUGAGCUCUUCCAUGUGCCAGACUUUGUACUAGGCCUGUUCUUCAGAACGAAGAGGCUCCUCUGCCUUCACAGAUACAGACGCUGAGGCCCGCGGAGGUUAGGUGUCAGCUGGCAAAGCUAGGGAGGCUCAGGCAGGAAGGAAGUCCCGGUCUUCUGCGAGGCACGUGUAGAUCCUCCUGUUGGACUGACUCCGUACUGGCUGGGAAACAGGAGACUGAAUUCAAAGGGGCCCGUUUAGUCAGCUGAGCCAGUGGGCCUCAGUGUCCCCAUCUGUGAGAUGGGACUGCCCCGCCAGAAAAGACGGUGGCGGCAGCCUCGGGAGGCGAGGAGCGGGAAGCUUUGGCGCGGGUCUUCUGCCAGCCCUGGGGAAGAAGGAACAGAGCGGGCGGCAGGGGGCGGGUUUGGCCGGCCCUGCCCUGCCUUGCCCAGCCCUGCCCUCCCCUCCCCUCCCUGCCGCGCCCUCUUCCCUCUACUCGCUCCCGCAGGGCUUGGGCGGCCAUGGCGCUCGGGCUCGCGGCUCUGCGCGUCCUGCUGGGCGGCUUCUUUGCACUAACCGGGGCAGCCAAGCUUUCGGGGCAGAUCUCGGCUCCCGUGUCCCAGCAGAUGAAAGCCCUGUUUGUGCAGUUCGCUGAGGUAUUCCCGUUGAAGGUGUUCGGCUACCAGCCGGAUCCCAUGAGCUACCAAGAGGCUGUGGGCUGGCUCGAACUGCUGGCUGGGCUGCUGCUGGUCCUGGGCCCACCGAUGCUGCAAGAGAUCAGUAACUUGCUUUUGACCGUGCUCAUGAUGGGGGCUAUCUUCACUUUGGCAUCUCUGAAAGAGUCACCGAACACCUACAUCCCAGCUAUCAUCUGCCUGGGACUCCUGCUGCUGCUGGAUAUCUGCCAGCUCUGAGUCCAAACUAAGAAGGUGAUCAGACCCAUCAGGAAGAAGACUCUUCCGAGUGCAUCCAAGGGAUCCUGGGAGUCCAGGGCCUCUUGCUUCUUCAUGCUGUGUCACUGUCAGGGCUGGAACAUGGUGAAAAACACAGUCUACUGCCUUGUUACCAGUACCUCCGGGGUUGGCCAGUAUUGAAGUAGACAUCUUAUCUACCUGACCCUGCUUUCUGUCUUGGACAUUUACUGUUCUUUUUUUUAAAGGAUACGUGUUAAACAUACUAACAUUCCUCAUGUCAUGUGAAAAUUGAAAAUAAAGAGAAAAGCAAUUUAAAUCACCCCAGAUUUUAAUGAUGCACUAAAAUAACUACUAUUAAUUCCUUUUAGUAACUGUACCCCUUUAUACAGAUAUUUUUUUAAUGAAAAUGAGACAAAAUAAAUUAUUACCUGCUUUCAAAACUCA